AGUAGUUUGAUUUUCAAGUUUAUCUGUGAUGCUCUACAUUGCUUGAAUAGUUUAGAGUGCCUUCAUUGUCUCUGCUUUGUUUGGACCGGCCCACAUUUGAUGUCACUGGACCUUAAAUGCGGACAUCUACACACACAGAUUUGUCCCUUCGGUGCAGCUCGGAUAAUACGGUUUUGUGAUGGAGUGGCGCGAGCAGUCCGAGGUCAGCUGCGACGAGGCGUACUUGGAGGCACAGAGAUGGAUUGAGGCAGUAACCAAGAAAACACUUGGGAGCGACGACUUCCGAUCAGCGCUGGAGAAUGGAGUUCUGCUGUGUGAUUUGAUCAACAACAUCAAGCCUGGAAUCAUCAAGAGAGUUAACAGGCUGCCUACACCUAUAGCUGGACUGGACAACCUGAACGUCUUCCUCAAGGCCUGCGGGAAGUUAGGACUAAAGGAAGCGCAGCUCUUUCACCCAGGAGAUCUUCAAGAUUUAUCAACAAGAGUAACAGUCAAGCAUCAAGAGACCAACAGGAGACUGAAAAAUGUUUUGAUCACCAUAUACUGGUUGGGAAGAAGAGCUCAGUGUGACCGUAUCUAUGAUGGACCUUACCUGAAUUUCAAGGCAUUCGAGGGCUUAUUGGGCACAGCGCUAUACAAGGCUCUGCAGGAAUCGCCCAGUCAGAAAGGCAGCAGUGUCAGAGACAGCGGUUUUGGAGAUAGCUGGUACUCAGAGAGAGAGGAGCUCUUCCAACUGAGAGAAGGAGGAGGAGGAGGAGGAGGAGGAGGACGACGAGACGGACACCGGAGAGACGACUCCCUGGACAGCUUGGACUCUUUGGGCUCCCGACCCCAGAGCAUCUCAUCUGAGAUCACUCUUAAAGGCAGCGUCGAGGCUCCAGGUUUUUGCAGUGACACCGAGGUAGACUCUGCCUUCAGGAUGGCUGAGAACAAGGACGGUCUUAGUUACCGGCGGUCAGUAGUCAUCAAACCCAAGGCCACCGCCCAGUUCAACCAGUUCCUUCCCAGUAAAGACAAAGCGUCAGCCUACGUGCCGGCUCCGCUGAGGAAGAAACGGGCCGAGCGCAAUGAGGACCACCGGCGCAGCUGGGCCAACCCCAUAUACACAGAGGAUGAAGGCGCACUGACCAGACAGCACCAAAUGCAAGAGAGUAUCGACGGGAGUAAAUCAACAAGUGAUAUCCAGGUUGAGCCCAGCGUCAACAGGCAGGUUCGAUACGAAGAGCUUCAGCAGGUUCGUGAGAAGACAAAGGAAAGUGAUGAUAAGUGGCAGGAUGACCUGAGCAAAUGGAAGAACCGACGCAGGAGUGUCAACUCUGAUAUCGUGAAGAAGAAAGAGGAAAGGGAGAAGGUAGAGGAGACUACGUACAGCAGCGGCAGCAGCAGCGGCAACAGAAGGUCCAAGACCCUCAAGGAGAUGCAAGAGGAGAGAGGAAAUAAAAGGAACAGCAUCGGCAGCCGCAUAUCAUCUCUGUCUUACCUGGACGACGACGAAGUCUUUGAUAAACCUGUCACUUCCCCACGUACCCGAGCCCUUCCUGCCAGGAGCUACACUAUUGACACUCCUUACCAUUCCUCUGAGCCUUCUCUGAAAGAGGUCGAACCCCCCGCUGCCUCCCCAGCUACUGGCAGGGCCGCCUCCCCUCCCACCUCACGGGAAGUUGACAUUGUGGAUAGAUCUGCAGGCAGCUACGCCACAACCACCAAUACUCCCACCUUCACUCCCAGAAGCCGCAGAUCUCCUUCUCCAGCACCUUUAGAGAGGAGUCCAGUCACAGAACGCAAAAGCACAGUCAAGACAGAGGAGACCACCACCAACUUCACCCCCUCCUUCACUCCCAGCAGCCGCAGAUCUCCUUCUCCAGCACCUUUAGAGAGGAGUCCAGUCACAGAACGCAAAAGCACAGUCAAGACAGAGGAGACCACAACCACCUUCAUCCCCUCUUUGAUUCCCAGCAUCACUCCCAGUAUCCGCAGAUCGCAUUCUCCAACUUUUGCACCUUUAAAGUGGAGUCCAGUCACAGAACGCAAAGGCAGAGUCGAGACAGAGGAGACCACAACCACAGUCAUCUCCUCUUCUAGCUCCGUACAAAAGGUGCCGGAGCCUAGGCGCCCAUUGUCGCGCAUACAGACUGAGGUGGGGGCCCCCUCCUCUGGUUUUCUGUACAAACAACAACCACAGACCAGCUCGAUGGAACCCAAGCCUCCCGGGGUGUCUCAUGUUUCCGCCUCCCUCCCCAGGAGCUACCAGAAAUCGGAUAGCGCACGUAUAACCUCAGUUGUCACCGCAAGGCCCUUCGGGACCCAGUCGUCCCGCCUCAGCUCCCUGUCCCGUCCAUUCAUAGCCGGACAGACGGACACCGCUCAGAAGCGUGUCAACGGCAGCGCAGAUGUUUCUAAGAAGCCGUCGGUGCCGAGCCGCUAUCAACAGUUCAUGACCUCUGAGGACGAGGCUCAAUCUCAGUCCAGCUCAGUCCACAGCAGUGAGGACGAGGAGGACGAGGAAGAAGAAGAGGAGAAGACCACAGCGAAGAGCAUGACCUCUACUAAGAGUGUCUCACCUGUCCCUCCUCAAUUCAAGAGUGAAACUCCAGUCAGUCCUGCUCCUGCCAAAGAAACUAGCCAGGAGAACUACUCUGAGAUGCGGAUCAGCCUGAACCAGAAGCCUAACAGCAGCAAAGACUUUGGCUUCCAGGCAGUGUGGGACUCGACAGGAGCUCGUGUCACCACCAUCCAGCCAGGCAGUCCUGCGGAGAUGUGCCCGCUUCAGGUGGGAGACGAGGUGUUGGCGGUGAACGGGCAGCAGGUGGCAGAAAUGAGCUACAGAGCGUGGAAGUCCAGCAUGGAGGAGGCUCUUCAGGAGGGCAGUCUGGUCAUGGAUAUACGCCAUCAUGGCAAGAACAACUGGGACACAGAUCAACCUUCCCUGCCAUAUAAAAGCCAUAAGAUCAUCAAUCUGACCAGUAUGGAUCAUCCGACACUUCUAGGUUCCUCUGACUCAAACACUGUCAGCUCCAGCCUGGAUUUCACCUCACGCACUUCCAUGGAAAAGCUGGCAACCAAAGAGGCCCCCGCCUACCCCGUCAUCGAUGUGGCUUCAAACAGAGUUAAUGGAGGUUUCCGUGAGCAGCCGGUGACCAUGAGGAACAAAGAGUCAGAACCCAUAUCUUUGAAAAACUUAAAACGGAGGUCAGAGUUUUUUGAAAAAGGUGGCUCAGGGUCCAGUGUCAGUGCGCUGGUCUACCUCUGUGGAGGAUCAGAGUCUGCAAUGCCAGAUAUUCUUGUUCCCCCAAUCAUUCCUUCCAGCCGCUGGUCCUGGGACCCCGAAGAGGAGCGCAAAAGACAGGAGAAAUGGCAGAAGGAGCAGGAGCGCCUCCUUCAGGAGAAAUAUAAGCGCGACCAGGAGAAGAUGCAGGAGGAGUGGAUGAAGGCUCAGCAGGAGGUGGCCGACAGCGUAGAAGAAGAAGAGGAGCCAGAGAGCCUGGUGGUGGACAGACACAGCCUCAGCCCACACUCACCCGUCUCCCCCUUCAACCAGCCAGCCUUUCUUUCAUGGGAGGAGGAAGGGAGAACGAGGAAAGCAGAACAGGAGCGCCAAAGGCUGGAGGAAGAGCGGGAACGCCAAAGACAGGCGGAGGAGCAGGAGCGCCAAAGGCAGGCGGAGGAGAGGAGGAAGAGGGAUGAGGAGGAGCGUGAGCUGCUGCGUCUUCAGGAGGAGAGAAAGCAGAAAGAAAGACAGGAGGAAGAGGAGAGAAAGAUGAGGGAGGAGGAAGAGCUGAGAUGGCAGAAGAGGAGAGAGGAGGAGAGGGAGGAGGACAGGAGGCGGCAGGAAGUUGCAGAGCAUCAGCGCAGAGAGCGGGAGAGAGCCCUGCAGCAGCAGCAGCAGCAGCAGCAGUGGGCUGGUGACUCCCAUGGCUUUGCCAAUGUCCAGCCGUCUCUGUCCUUUACAGACAGGACGAAAUCUCAAUCAUCUCCCCAGCUCGAUGAAGAGGAAAAACCUCAGAAAAAAGGUGUUUAUAUGCAGCGGGGGGGCAUGGCUCACUGGCUGCUGGACGAGCAGGCGAGGAAUGCGAGUCAACAGGCCCAGAGUCAGCGGGCUGCAUCAGAGCUGGAGAUGGAGAGGAGGAACAUCCUCAAUGCCAUGAGAUACAGAGAGCCGGAGAAAGUGACAGGCGGUGUUGUGGGGGACAGGAUGGGAAACCAGUCCCAGUCGGAGCUGGAGCGCCAGCAGAUCCUGAACGAGAUGAAGAAGAAGACUCCGAUGCUGAGGGACAAAAGCUGGAUCCGCCAGAACUCAGCCGCCAUCGGCACCACCCAGGAGUCCGACGCACCCUCAAUGCGCAGAGGUGAGUCUCUUGACAAUUUGGACACCUCCUACAACUCCUGGCGCUCCUCAUGGACUCCCAGAAGCGCCUCCCACGUCCCAAACUACUCUGCGCCGUACUCUGGUGGCCCUUCCCUUUAUGGUGGUGGUCUUGGGGCCCAGCGUCCUGUCUCCUCCACCCUGCCUUCCUCCUACUCCAUGGGCUCCCUCCGAGGUGGGGCAGGACCCCCCUCGUCCCCUUGGUCCCGGCAGUCUUCUUCCCCUUCUCCUUCCUCUCCGUCACCUGCCACUUCUCCAGAGCCCACGUCAGAGGCAGGCGCCCCUCAGCAGCGCAGCAGGUCAGUGAGUGGCAAGAAAAUCUGUACGUUCUGUGACUCCCCGCUGGGAAAGGGAGCAGCCAUGAUCAUCGAGUCCCUCGGGCUCUGUUAUCAUUUGACCUGUUUUAAGUGCAUCGACUGUAAGUCUGAACUCGGGGGAUCGGAGGCUGGGGCUGAAGUCAGAAUACGAAACAAACAGCUCCACUGUAACUCCUGCUACAUCCGGCAUAAAGGCCAGCCAACCUCUAUGUGACGUGACUGUCCUCCAGCAGAUCGAUGAAGAGACUACUUGUGACAACAACCCAUGAACAUUUAAGUGAACAUUGAAGCCAUUGCAAAUAGCUGGGACACUUGGUAUGGACAUAUUUCCAUUAAUGAAAAUCUCAGUUGCCUCGCUGAUGAGAAUUAUAUUCGUGUGUGAUGGAGAGGGUAAGCUUGCAAAGAAGUUAUCUACUUUAAUGUUUAUAUCAUAUUAAGUAUUACAAAAUGAAAGGGUUCCGCAUGCGCCAGAGUUAUUAAAUGUUUAAGCCACAAAACUAGUCAAUACGUUCAAUUGUAAGAUUGUUUAUGAUCUUUGUUAUGACCUUCGCUUAUAAAGAUAUUAGAGAUCUUGAGAGAGUUUUAAAGGUUUCAAUUUCCUCUUACACAUGCUUUUAUUUCCGCUCAGUCUUGUGGUAUUAACAUGUUUGUUUUGUUUGUAACAGGGAAAAGUAAUUAAGAUGACUCGAUUAGCAUUCUUGCAAAACCUAUUUAAAACCGUCUGCUUGGAUAGCACUUGUCUGGAGUUUUCACUGAUAGAUAGAGGAUUGUACACACAAGCAGGUUUUCGUGUAAAGAAUAUAUAAUACUGAAUGGCAUUGAGGCAAACCGUAACAUUUGUAAAUAAAAUGACUAUAUGCUCAU